GAAGGGAGUGGGCGCCUUGAAACCGGUGGAAUCUGCAAGGAGUGAGAGCGAGCUUCUGGACUUCCAACCGCCCAGCGUGUGAACCGACGCUCAGCGUGAAGUUUAGCCUCAGUGAACAAAAUAUAGGUCAUUCGGUGCCGUAAGUGUUUCGCUUAAGUGAGAAGUUUAACGUUUAGGAAACGCUGGGUUUUUUUUACUGCUCGUAUUUUUGGAGGAAAACUGACUUGGAAGUGUUUUCCAUUGAGUGGGAGUGAGAGUGGACGGCUUGGAGUCACUUACAAAGAACAUUAAGAAGUCAUGACGCGACGGACAUAUUUCUUGGAUUUAUUACCUUAAAAUACAAGGAAAACUCGACUUGGAGUGUCUCGUUUGGACUGUGAGCAAAGUUUCGAACCCGCUGCGGACUUUUUUCGUGUUUUAAGCUGUUUUGAGUUGCCCUAGUUGGAUCAAAGUUUUUCUUUCCCUCCCCCUCCUCCUCAACUAUGGCGGCGGCCAGGUUAUCCUCUGACUCCUUGUGGCUGCGGAUCAUGUGGCUGGUGUGCGGGCUGUAUUUGCCAUCCGUUUCGGCUCAGCACUACAGCGACAGUGGAAUAUCCGUCCCGGAACACGGAUUUUGCCAGCCCAUUUCCAUCCCACUUUGCACCGACAUCGCCUACAACCAGACCAUCAUGCCAAACCUCCUGGGUCACACGAACCAGGAGGACGCCGGACUCGAGGUGCACCAGUUUUACCCGCUGGUGAAGGUCCAGUGCUCCCCCGAGCUCAAGUUCUUCCUUUGCUCCAUGUAUGCGCCGGUGUGCACCGUGCUGGAGCAGGCCAUCCCCCCGUGUCGGUCGCUGUGUGAGCGGGCGCGGCAGGGGUGCGAAGCCCUCAUGAACAAAUUCGGCUUCCAGUGGCCGGAGCGCCUGGACUGCGCCACGUUCCCGGUCAACGGAGGCAGCGAGAUCUGCGUUGGCCAAAACACGUCCGAACCCAGCCACCCAUCCUCAUCAUCCCCACAUGUGCCUGAGUUUGUAACGCAUCCACCCAACAAGUUUCCGAUCCAACCCCAACCUCCAUACAUUUAUCACCAGUUCUCCUGCCCCCUGCAGCUGGAAGUGCCUUCCUACCUCGGCUACAGAUUUAUGGGGGUCAAGGACUGCGGGGCCCCUUGUGAGCCCACUAAGCCAAGUGGGAUCAUGUAUUUCCGAGAGGACGAGGUUAAAUUUGGCCGCCUUUGGGUUGGCAUCUGGUCCAUCCUUUGUUGUGUGAGCACUCUAUUCACCGUGCUCACAUAUUUAGUGGACAUGAGGCGGUUCAGGUACCCUGAGCGACCCAUCAUCUUCCUGUCCGGCUGUUAUUUCAUGGUGGCUGUGGCAUACGCUGCUGGGUUCUUCCUGGAGGACAAAGUUGUCUGUGUGGAUAAGUUCAAGGUGGAAGGCUUCAGGACUGUAGCUCAAGGGACGAAAAAAGAGGGCUGCACGAUCCUCUUCAUGGUGCUGUACUUUUUUGGAAUGGCCAGUUCCAUCUGGUGGGUUAUUUUGUCCCUCACAUGGUUCCUCUCUGCUGGGAUGAAAUGGGGUCACGAGGCAAUUGAAGCCAACUCCCAGUACUUCCACUUGGCCGCCUGGGCGGUACCAGCCAUCAAAACCAUCACCAUACUCGCCAUGGGUCAGGUGGACGGCGACGUCCUGACGGGAGUGUGCUUUGUUGGGAUCUUCAACGUGGACGCCCUACGUGGGUUUGUGCUGGCCCCACUUUUUGUCUACCUGUUCAUCGGCACGUCCUUCCUCCUCGCAGGAUUUGUGUCCCUCUUCCGAAUCCGCACCAUAAUGAAGCACGACGGAACCAAGACGGAAAAGCUGGAAAAGCUGAUGGUGCGGAUCGGGGUCUUCAGCGUGCUCUACACGGUACCAGCCACCAUAGUGAUUGCGUGUUACUUCUACGAGCAGGCCUUCAGGGAGCACUGGGAGCGCACCUGGCACAUGCAAACCUGCAAGCGCUUCGCCGUUCCAUGUCCGGUCCACAACUUUGCUCCCAUGACCCCAGACUUCACCGUGUUCAUGAUUAAGUAUCUGAUGACCAUGAUAGUUGGAAUUACCUCUGGUUUUUGGGUGUGGUCAGGGAAGACUCUUCAGUCGUGGCGGAGGUUCUACAAGCGACUUGGCAAUGGCAACCAUGGAGAAACAACAGUGUGAGAGUUGGAGGAAUAAAUGGCGCCACAUUACAGUUUUGGACAAAACACCAUAAAAAAAUGAGGUUGAAAAGCUUUUUAUGUCAACAUUUUCCCCCUCUUUGGAUUCCCCCUUUCCAGUAUUUGGCAACAACAAAACUUUUUAUCAGUUGCCACAAUACGUUGGAUGAACUUUUUCUCAUCAGUUACACCAAAACUAUUACUUUCCCAUCCAUUUUCGGACUGCACUAGUCCUUGGACUGAAACCCCAGACUGGUAUUUGCAUAUUAUCAAUGGUAUCCUCAUGUUAUAAUUAAAAUAUUGUAGUCCAUGUUUUUCUUGCCAUUUGUAGGUGGACUAACAGGAAAGACUCAUUUGUCGAGCAGCAUGCCUGCACUGCUGCAAAUGCUUUUAAAGGUAUGAUUGUUGCAUCACCAACAACCUUUGACUGUGAAUUCAAUACCUGCUUUUAGCUGAACACAGAAAAAGCUGUAUUAUACUAGACUUUCAGUACACAGCUGCAUCUCUUCAAGUGAGAGAAAUUCUUUCAAGUCUGUUUUAAUGUGCCAAGAUUUUCACAGAAAUAUUUUUCUUCUAUAUUUCCUUUUUUUUUUUUAGACUGAAGAGUAUUCACUAAUGGUCACUAUAUGGAUGAAUGAAGUUUUCUUAUACUGGUUUGCACAGUUAUUGUUAAGUGUAAAAAGAAUGGCUGUUACAGAACUGACUCACCUUGGAGCUCGCAUUUUAACGAAGCCACACAAACGCCUAAUGUACCCGCUGUAACUGAGACACACCGGGCCCAUUGUUGGCCUCCGUGUGUGGUCCUUCUACAGUUGGAUUCCCUAUCAGAAAGACUUUCUGUUAAGCCUCUAAGACACCCAAAGUAGCAUUUUUCCUGCUCCGCGUUUAAUCCGUGGGAGUGUAAACGGCUGCUCUGGAGGAGGCUUUUAUUCUAGCCGAAAAAGUUCACACCUGUUGAGCUUAUUCCCGUACCGUCUUCCUUUAUGUUCUGAAGUUUUUUUUUGUGCUUCUACGCAGACUGAACAAUUUGUUGUUGUGAUGUUAUGUUGGUAUCUGGACUAUUUUAAAGAUCCUAAAAGAGAACCGUGAAACUGCUGUCCAGAGUGUCUGAUCUGUUAAGAGAAAUGUCAGUGGAAGGUCAAAGGUCGCAGCAUUGCAGGGAUUUUUCUAUUUGAAGAAUGCAGUGUAGACAGAUGCGAUUAAGUUUAGCCAUUGUUUAGUGUUUUCUAGGGACCGAAUCACCUCAGUGUGUAGCAGAUUGGUAAUGCAGCAUGUGUGAUGUCCAUGUUAUGUAAAACAUUGGUUGGCUUCAGCUGGUUUGUCACAUCACAUGAUUGAAACAUUGUUUUUUUUAUAUAUAAAAUGAUUUUUUGAACUAUGGAAGUGGAUGAAGUGAAUGCUGUCUAUUAGAUGAUCAAUUGAACACUACAAUUUAUGCGUGACAACACAAGUCACAUUGUUGCUCUAUUCACCUCUGACUAAACAAUGAAAUUAGGAAGAUGGCAUGGUGGCAUGUGACCACGAGGUCAUUUUGCUCUUUAACAACAUCCCUUAUAAAACCUAGGAACGGUCUGUAAACGUAGGUCAACGCGCAGCUUCAUGGCCAUCCUUAAAUUUCCAAAGCUGUGCUCUCAAUCCAUCUAUAUUAUUAUUAUUAAUAUUAUUAUUAAAAAGUUUCUGCUUUGUACCUACCUUUGUGUUAUCCUAAAGGCAGUUUGUAUAUAAUAAAAUUGUGAUAUUUUCCAUGUGAAUGUACUGCAUACCUCAAACCCAGGUUAAAGUCGGCUCAAAUGAUUGACGUUUUGGAAGUGAGUCAGCAAAUCCAUACAGUCAGUCACUGAGUUUUAAUUGUUUUAACCAAAUAAGGUAAAGUAAUUCUGCUAAUGCCUUGAGACAGCUGAGAUCUGCCAUUUCCAACGACACUAGACUGACUUCUUUUUUCGUAAUUAACUGACAUUUUUUUUUUAUUAUUUGCUUUUAGAACAAAUCCAAAUCAGCAAGUAAAAAAGAAAUUUAAGACUUUGUAUUUAUGAGAGGGUACUCUUGUUUUUGUUUUAUUUUUGUCUUUUUUUUACUCCUUUUCCCUUUUUACUGAGAUAAGCCUUUUGCAAGUGUACAUUUGAAUAAAAGUGAUAUAAAGUUUGUAAUGCA